GCACGCACGCUAUCGCUUGGUAGCGUGCGGCUACGGACUCCGAGGAAAACACCCUAAAAUGGGUAAAACCAGUAAGGAUAAACGUGAUAUCUACUAUCGCCUCGCCAAGGAGGACGGGUGGCGUGCUCGCAGUGCAUUCAAGUUGAUCCACAUCGAUGAAAUUUUCAACAUUUUCGACGGUGUAACGCGAGCGGUCGAUCUGUGUGCGGCUCCCGGAAGCUGGAGUCAAGUGCUGUCGAGACGGCUGUAUGAAAGCCGUGAUCCGAAGGAUCGCGACGAGGUGAAGAUUAUUGCCGUGGACCUGCAGCAUAUGGGACCGCUGCCAGGUAUCAUUCAACUGCUGGGCGACAUCACCAUGUUGAGUACGGGCGAGGCCAUCAUCGCACACUUUGGCGAAAACCAGAAGGCACAGCUGGUCAUUUGUGACGGUGCACCGGAUGUUACCGGGUUGCACGAUAUGGACGAGUACAUCCAAUCGCAGCUGCUGCUGGCGGCCCUUAACAUUACGACGCACGUACUGGCCGAAGAUGGUACGUUUGUGGCGAAAAUCUUUCGGGGCAAGGACGUGACGCUGCUGUACGGUCAGUUGCGCAUAUUUUUCCAAAAGGUGACGAUCGCGAAACCGAUGAGCUCGCGGAACUCGAGCAUUGAAGCGUUCGUCAUCUGCCAGAAGUUUCGCCCCCCGGAAGGGUAUAAGCCACAGCUGAUCAAUCCGAUGCAGGACGACGUGAAGCUGACCGCGUGUGAAACCGAUUCGGCCGUCAACCGGGCCAUCAUUCCGUUUUUGUUGUGUGGCGAUUUGCGGGAAUUCGACUCCGAUAUGUCGUACAGUUUGAACAUUGACCCCGAAAAGGAGUACGAACACAAGGAGGCGGUACAGACGCCACUGGCUCCGGCCUAUAGCGAGGUACUGGAGCGGAUGAAGACGACAUCCCUGAAACACAGUGGAAGCAUCAAGGUGGAGGCGGACAAGAAGAAGGACUGAAUAAGAUCGCCAAUCUUAUACAGUCCUUCAGCCAAGAUGUUUUCCUGAUUGUUCUGGGCUUAAUUGUACAUUUUAUUUCUUAGCUGUUUUCACAAAUUCCACAAAUUUCACAUAUUCCACAAAUUUCAUACUCUUUCACAAAUUUAAUACUACCGCAUCUACAGCUUCAUAGGAUGUAGUCAUAUUUGUAUAAUUGCCAACGGGCCGCGAAAGCAACUCGUAGAUCAACACGUAGAUCAUCCGUCUCGCUGUACCGAUGAAUCGGUUUCUAUGUUAAAGACGUCAGUUCGAACCCCGGCAAUUGCAUCAACUUGAGUGCCAAACUUUGAGUUGGUUCUUAAUACGGCCCUUCCUGUUCUAUAAUCCAGCAUAAU